AUGUCCUCUCCCGUUGAUGAGAAAUCGACUCUUGUCGGCACAAAUGUCCUGACCAUCAAUCGACCUACCCCAUCCCGCGCACAAUCCAACCAAUCCGUUCUCAGCACCAUUGAAGAUGUCGACUCCACCCAUUCCCUAAGCCCAACUCAAACCCGCUAUGAGAAAAGUAAUAUAUCCCAGGAAACCUCUCCACUCUCUCCAUUCUACAACCCCAACCCUACACGAUAUUCGCUCGAAGCACAGAAGACCGCAUCGAAGAACAAUAUUCCCUUGUACGAUACCGAUGUUGAAGCUUGCCUCACACCACAACAAACCACCAAGAGCGGAUUGUUGUCCAAGGCCAAGACGGGCGCAACGCAGGAAUGUACGGUAUGGCCAGGUCAACAACAAAUGAAGAGGAAGAAGAAGGCUAUGAAACAAGACCGGAUUAGUGCAGGUAUCUGCGGUUGCAUGGCCAGUUUCGACCGAAAGACCAGAAUUUGGAUCAAGGUCUUGAUUGCCUUGAUUGUCGUCGCUCUUGCCGUUGGUGUUGGAGUUGGUAUUUCGAGAGCGGUUGGUGGAGGGGUCUGGAAGAAUUCGCAGAGCACGAAUACUGCUAUUCCCAGCUAG